AUGGUCACUGGACCUGAAGAACGUCAUGAACAGCCACCACUAAUAAAUGAUGAGGAUAUUCUUAAUGACUGUGGACCAGUAGAGAUCCCUCCACCACCUGCACUAGUGCAGUCUCUAGAUGCUAGUGGUCCGAGAUUGAUAAUCACUCAAAUUGUUACUGAGAAUUUCAAAUCCUAUGGUGGUAUACGUGUUAUGGGGCCAUUCCAUAGGAACUUUACUUGCAUUAUCGGACCUAAUGGGAGCGGUAAAAGCAAUGUCAUUGACUCAAUGCUAUUUGUAUUUGGCUAUCGAGCAUCAAAAGUACGCUCAAAGAAAGUCAGUCAACUUAUACACAAAAGCGAACUAGUGCCGAAUGCUAACAACUGUAUGGUGUCAGUACACUUUCAAAAGAUCAUUGAUCAGGGUCCAGGUGCUACGGAUUAUGAAGUUGUUCCAGAUAGCCAGUUUAUCAUCUCACGACGAGCCUAUACAGAUAACACUAGUUAUUAUUUAAUCGAUGAUCAUCGAGCUGUCUACCGUGAUGUGGCCAAUCUUUUACGUUCUCAUGGUAUUGAUAUUGAUCACAAUAGAUUUCUCAUCCUUCAAGGGGAAGUGGAACAAAUUGCUUUAAUGAAACCAAAAGCACCAAGUGAACAUGAAGAUGGAUUUCUUGAAUAUUUAGAGGAUAUAAUUGGUUCAUCUCGAUUCAAGAAACCAUUAAACAUAUUUGCUGAUCGUAUUGAAAAGUUAAAUGAUCUACGGUUAGAAAAACUUGCUCGUGUUAAAGCUGUUGAAAAGGAGAAAGAUGAACUUGAAGGAGUUCGUAAUGAAGCUAUGAAUUACUUACGUUUAGUUAAUCAAUUAAUUCUUAUGAAAAAUGUUCUUUAUCAACAAAAAUUUUCUGAAAAACGUGAACUUGCAAGAUUGACAAAAGAAAAACUUACACAAGCGAAAAAAGAAACUGAAGAAAUAAUCAGUCAAAUUCAAGAGAAAAAUCAAGAAAUUUCACGUUUACAAUUGGAAAGAGAUGAACUCACUCAAAAUCAUACAGAUACAGAAAUACAAUAUCGUGAAGAAAGAACUAGAUUUGCUCAAUUAGAAGCUGUUGAUAGCCAACUACGUGAUGAACGUAAACAUAUUGAAUUGACAACAAUUCGUUUAAUUAAAAAUAUUGACGGAGAAGAGAAAAAGUUAGAGGGAUUAAAACAACUUCCUGAUGAAAUAAAUGUUAAUCAAGAGAAUUUUAAAAAACAACUAACAAAAUAUGAAGAAAUGAAACGGAAGCAUGAAAAACUUUAUGAGGAGACAGUUGAUAGUUUAGCUAAAGAAUCUGCACCUUUACGAAUCAAAGUUAAAGAAAAUGAAACUGUUCUAGGCCAAUUACAAGCAGAAGCUGAUCAAAUAAAAAAUGAAUUAAGUAUAGAACGUGUAAAAUAUAAUCUUAUGCUGGCUGGUCAACGUCGUGAAUCAGAGCAUUUGGAGGCAACACGUAAAGAUUUGGAAGUAGUUCAAAAUCAACUGAAAGAUCGUGAAAAUCAAUUGAAUGAAGUCAAGGAACAAUUAGCAUCUACACCAAAUAGUGGUAAAGGAAGCUUAGUGACAGCGUUAGCCUCAGCAACACGUGAUUUAGCUGAAGUUGAAGCUCAUGAAGCUGAUCUAAUCAAGGAAACUAAUAAUAUACGAAAGAAAUUGACUGGUAUGAAAUGCGCUCUACAGGCGGAAAAUUCAAAAAAUCGACUUUUAAAAGCUUUCACUGAGGCAAAGCGUUCUGGGAUAUUACCAGGAAUUAUUGGUAGACUUGGAGAUCUAGGCGCUAUUCCACCACGUUAUGAUGUUGCAAUUUCAACAGCUUGUGGUGCUUUAGACCAUUUCGUAACAGAUACAAUGGAUACAGCUCAGAAAGCUGUAACAUUUUUGAAAGAAAAUAAUCUUGGGCGAGCCACUUUCAUCGCUUUAGAUAAAAUGGAGAAAUGGGCUCAUCAAUCACUUAACCGAUUUACUAUACCAAAAGUACCAUUUGAAGUAUACCGUCUAUAUGACUUGGUUGAAACAGUUGAUCCAGUUAUAAAACCAGCCUUCUAUUUUGCGCUAAGAAACACUUUGGUAACAAACGAUCUAGAUGCAGCUACACAGGUUGCUUUUGGUCAACAACAACGUUAUCGAACUGUAACACUUCAGGGUCAACUUAUUGAAGUGUCCGGAGCUAUGUCAGGUGGUGGAGGUCAUCCAAUCUCAGGUAGAAUAGCAACAGACAUCAGUGUAGCUAAGGAAUUUUAUACAAUAGGUCAAAUAACAGAAUCAAAAAAUCUUGGAUCAAGUACAAAUGGAAUUAAUGAAAAAGAAGUAUCAAUCUUAGAAAAACAAUUAACUCAAAGUGAUAAUGAACUAAGUCGUCUUCGUGAAACUCAUCAUCGUUUAAAUGAAAUGAUUAUGCGAUUAACAUGUCAACGACGUGGAGCUGAAAAGAAAGUUGAACUACUUGAGUCUGGUUGUGUUGAAUUACGUGAUCAUGUGAAAAUGUUAAUUGAAGCAGUGACUGAAGCUGAAAAACGAGUUAAACAAGCUAGUCCAAGUGAUGUAGAACGUCAAAAAGCUGAAAAACAAAUUCAUAAACUUGAAAAGUUAUCUCAACAAAAAAACUCUGAAUUAACUAAAAAAAAGUGA